AUGGACGACAGAAGUGUCUGUACUCCGCAUAUUGCGGAGGCAGACGCUCAAAACAACACUAUCAGUACCCCUAUUGCGGCUUCUGCCACAGAUGCUGACAAAGUAAUAAACACUAAAAUAGAUAGUACCCAGGUUGAAGCAGACCAGAGUGAAGAGGAGCUCCUGAAAGCUCUGUUGACUGAUGACUACUGCCAUGUGUGUGAGGCUGUGCUGCUGUUUGAAUCUCAGCGCCUGUCCCACUAUGAGGGAAAGAAACAUGCCCAGAAGCUAAAGGUGUACCUGCAAUCCAAGAGAACUGAGAAGAUGAACAAAGAGCCUACUGGACCCCAGUGGACCAUGACGACCGAUAAGGAGCGUUUCUGUGAGAUGUGUAACAUGGUGUUUAGUUCCCCCGUUGUGGCAAAAUCACAUUACGAAGGCAAAGUCCACAACAAAAAUCUUCGUAAACAAGGUCCUCACCCCUCAGGCAAGUACACAGAGGCGUGUACUUCACCAAGUCUGACUCAGGAUUCUGCUAAUGCUGACCAUCAGUCUGCCUCAGAGGGUGAUACAGAGCAUCCUCUGGACCCAACACCUGCCACAGCCAGCACAGAGGUGGAUCUGAAGGACUCUAACAAGUACUGUGCCCUGUGUGCGGCCUCCUUCAAUAAUCCGCAAAUGGCUUUGCAGCACUACAAUGGACGCAAACAUCAGAGGAACCAGGCUAGACAGGAGCUGCUCAAAGAGCUUGGAGAUAAUGUUCAACAAGCUGACUCCCUCAUGUGUCAGAUGUGUAGUGUGCAGUUUAACUCUGUGGAGAUGUACCAAGCCCACAUGCAGGGAAACAAGCAUCAGAUCAGGGAGAAGAAGGUCAUUGACCUCUGCAAAUCCCAACAGAAAGCCAACAGCACAUUUGCAGAUGAACUGGCAGAUUACAUUCAGGUCCAGAAGGCUCGAGGAAUAGUCCACAAGACCGGCCAUGUUCCUUCAUCAGCCGACGCUGAGACGGAGGAUGAGGAAGAGGAACAAGAAGAGUUAAACCAGGGGGAUAACGUACAACUGAACAAACCUAUGCUCAACCUUCCUCCCACCUCAUACCCUCCACCUCCUCCUCCACUUCCUCCUCCUCUUCCUCCUCCUCCUCACGCCCACCCUGGUUGUUUCUACCCAGUUGAAGGGUGGCGUCCUCCAUAUCAGAGCCCACCAUGGCCAACUUGGGGCUGGGGCUCCAGCUGCCUUCCUCCAGUCCUCCCACACUCAGAUUCUCCACAGUUCACUAGUUGGCCUGUAAAGAGAAAGAGGUGCAAAAAGCAGUCAAGCUCUUCCUCGUAUACAACCACCUCAUCAUCUUCUUCUUCCUCAUAUUCUUCCUCCUAUAGCAGUAGCACAAGUGACAGUGACAGCAGCGAACACAGGCGAAGAGAAAGGAGGAAGAUUAGAAGAUACAGAAGGAAGAGAGGCAGGAGGGCAAGAGAUGAGGACUCGGAUAAGGAAGAGAGGAGGGGGAAGCAACGGAGGCGAGUAAAAGAUAAUGACUCAGAGGAGAGAAGGAAAGACGAUUAUGGAGAGUCAGAAGAAAAGAGGAUAAAAAAGCGAAAACAUCACGGCAAGCAGAGAAGACGAGAAAAGAAAUCCCGGGAUGAGGACUUUGAGGAGGAAGGAGGGGAAGGGAUGACUGACAAUUUACAGCCAGAAGACAUGACAGAAAAUAGGAGAGAGGCUGAGGUGCGCAUUCAGGCUGAAAUUAAUGUUGAGCAGCGGGAGGGCGGAUGGGAUGAGCCAGCCAAACCCAAAUACAGGAGAGAGAAGAAGAAAGCAAAAGAGAAAGCAGACACAAGGACGGAGGAGGAGAAGCUGUGGGAUGACUCCAUUCUGGGCUGUUAAACUUAAGAGACCCAGUUUAAGUCUUUUUUCUGAACUGCUGACAUUUAAGCAAAAAAAUUUAAGUUAUGAUUAGCAUGAAAGUCUCAAAAUUGUAUAUUAAAAUAAUCAUGAUAGCAUUUAACAAAGCCGUUUCCACGGUCUGCCUCGAUAGCCGAACAGUGUUCUCCAUAGUUGUGCUAGCUGGCUAGCAAUGUUUAUGCAUUCACCUUUUUUCAGUGUGUUUGAAAGAGUUUCUCACACAUACCCACAACUAUAUCAGCUUUAUUAUUCACUAUGACACUUGAUUAUGUCUUUUAAGUGAGUUCAUGUGCACAGUUAUUAAUUGUUGGUUGUAAUUUUUUUUUAAAUCUCAUAUAAUUUUCUUGCCUAUCAUUUGAAAUGAUCAAGAAGAGAAGUCCUCUUGAUCUUUUAACACACCAAUAAGUUAAAUUGUGUGUGAUUAUGUAUUUGCACCUGUCAAGGAUUUGUUAGAUUGUGAUACC